CGGUGCGCGGGUCGCCGCUCAGUGGUGAACCUCGCUUCUGCUGCCUCUGCACCUCUGCAACACACCGCACUACACUACACGGCGCGACACUGCUCAACUCGUCGUCCAGAGGAAGAUGACCGGCGGCCCCCCGCCUGCGACACCGACCGUCACCGUCACCACCAGCAGCACCAGCAACCGCGACGCGGCCCCGCCACCGCCUGCCGCUACCAGCUGUUAACCACCCGCGGCUUCCAGCGCGCCCACAACAGACCGUCGACAGCACUCACAGCCGCCAGUCGUCACACGGGAUUCGUUCCGACAGCUACUCCCGCCGCACGGAGGACUCGACCGGUGCCAUUACCUACACACUUUCACUACACAUCUCUCGAGGACAUGUUCCGCGGAGCGGCCGAGUAGCGAGAGUUUCGUGUGCCAUACGCCGUCCGGGAUCCGUCGUUUUACUGGGACUGCGCUGCAGAAAUGUGGGCCUGAGCUGCUGCCACUGUGUCCUCUGAGCCGCCACCAGCCACAGGCGUCGGCGACAGGACGGCCAGCGCCGCAGCGAGAGACGCACGGACAGCAGCUGGAUCGUCAGAAGCACCAGCAGCUACAACGAGACGCAAGAUGGCGUCCGCGUUCAGCGCCGUGUCGCUGGCGACGCUGAUCCUGCACUUCCUGGCAGCGACCAGUGCGUCCCCCACCGCCCAAGAGUCAAAGCCCGCUAAGGAGUCACCAAAGUCGCCGUCGAUACACCACCAUAUGGAUAAGGACAUGCUGCGGUCCGUGUUCCACGUGGAGUCCCACGAUGAAGUGCCCGAGUACGAGGUGGUGCGCGUGUGGAAGCGGCCGCUGCCCGCCCCCGCGGCCGGCGCCGGCGAGCACCGCGUGCUGCUCGCGGCGUUCGGCCGUCCGCUGCGGCUGCACCUGCGGCCGCACUCCGGCCUGCUGAGCACGGGCCGGCUGCGCGUCUGGGAGGCCACCGCCGGCAACGGAUCCGCCGACGUCACCUACACCGAGCUGCCGCAGGACGCGGAUGAGGAGCCUCUGGGAGACGUGUUCCAAGAUGAGGACAACCAGGCGGCGCUGCUGCUGCGACGGGACGCCGCCGACGGCAAACUCCUGCUGGAGGGGACGAUCGGGCACGACCUGGUGGUGAAGCCGGUACCGGCGGCGGUGCGGCAGCACCUAGGCCCUUCCGUCGACGACGACGAGAUGUUCCUGGACGCCGAAGGCGAGGACCUGGAGGACGACGUGGCCGUCACGUCGGGCUUCCCGCUGGGCAUCAACGCCACCGCAGACCGCUCCCCGCGCGCUGCCCGCGAACUCGCAGCCGCCGGCGUCCACCCGCACAUCGUGUACCGACGCGCCGGGGGCCACCAUCGCGACGACCUCUCUGACUACGCAUUUAUGGAACCCGAUCGACUGGCAAAACGAUACCAUAGGCGCACGACACGAUCGGUCAGCAAGAGGGAAGCUCCUUAUGUGAUCUACCCAGAGAUUCUAGUCAUUGUAGACUAUGAUGGGUACAGGUUACAUGGUGGCGAUAAUGUGCAGAUUAAGAGAUAUUUCGUUUCUUUCUGGAAUGGAGUAGAUUUACGAUACAAAUUACUGAAGGGACCAAAGAUACGAAUCAGCAUUGCUGGAAUUAUUAUAUCUAGGGGUCGUGAUGCAACACCAUACCUGGAGAGAAACCGUGUGGGUCGUGAUGCCAUUGACUCUGCAGCUGCUCUCACAGAUAUGGGCAAGUACCUGUUCCGAGAAAGGAGAUUGCCUGUCUAUGAUAUUGCUGUUGCUGUCACAAAAUUAGACAUGUGCAGGAGACAAUUUGCUAAUGACGUGUGCAACAGAGGUACUGCAGGUUUCGCUUAUGUUGGUGGUGCUUGUGUUGUGAACAAGAGGCUUGAGAAAGUUAACAGUGUGGCCAUUAUUGAAGAUACCGGUGGCUUCUCAGGAAUCAUUGUUGGUGCACAUGAAGUUGGACACUUGUUGGGAGCAGUUCACGAUGGUUCACCCCCUCCAAGCUACCUUGGUGGCCCUGGAGCAGAGAAGUGCCGAUGGGAGGAUGGCUACAUCAUGAGUGACUUGAGACACACUGAAAAAGGAUUCCGGUGGUCAUCGUGCAGCGUUGCAUCUUUUCACCAUUUUCUGAAUGGAGAUACUGCAACAUGCCUCUACAACUCUCCUCAUGAAGAUGAGUCUUUGCCUCGAGUGUUGCCUGGAAAGUUAUUAACACUUGAUGCACAGUGCCGAAAGGACAGAGGAACUAGUGCUUGUUUUAAAGAUGAUCGAGUUUGUGCACAGCUGUUCUGUUUCGAUUCUGGCUCUGGCUACUGUGUAGCUUACAGGCCCGCAGCUGAAGGUUCAUCUUGUGGCGAUGGACAGUACUGCUUGAAUGGACGCUGUGUAGCUGAACAUGAAAAUAUCAUACCUGACUAUUCGCAAAAUACUGCUUCCUAUAUCAGGCGAAGUGAUUCAGAUUCUGCUGCAACUCAGUCGAGACCUGUUUAUGCUGCUCUUCCUAAUUCAACAACACAGAGGUCAGCCUGGCAAGAUAUCUGGAGCACGGGGAGUUCAUCCACACCUCUCCCUCCCACUGUCAGCCAGAAAUACCCAUUCUAUUCUCAAAAGACGACUUCUACUAACAGCCAACAAAAUUACAACUAUUAUCAUACAACAAAAUUGGUAACAAAUUAUACUACACCAACAACAAAAACUGUGAAUAACUUCUACCAGUUCUUCACUACAACACCAAGAAGCACUUACAGUUUUGGUACUUUUCACAAUUAUGGUUCAACUAAAAGUACAUAUGGUGACUACUACAGAUCAAAAUUUGGGUCAAGUACAACCCCAAAUCCUUACAACAGUGACAGUAAAUACACAGACACUAACAGAAACCCACACAAUCUUAACAGCUAUUACCAAUCUUAUUCAAGCACAUCAUACAGUUAUCACACGUCUACAACAACUACCUCCACCACACCAAGGCCUACUUAUUUUUCUGCAUUCAAAAACCAUGGGAACUUCAUCUAUCAGAACCCAGUAACAACAACCAAUAAAUAUCCUCCAUACUUCAGUUUUGCUGCAAGUAGUUACCAUCAGAUAGUUAGCAACAGUACGAAUGAUCAGGCACCAAAUUUAACACAUGUGGGAGACACUGAAUGUAUUGACAAAGUUACAAAUUUAAGUGGAAGUCUUACAUGCCAUGAGUUCCUCACACGUUAUGGUUAUCAAUACUGUUCACACCAGUACCUUCGGGAAAGCUGCUGUGCAUCACAUAAAACAAUCUGCCGACAAGAAUACACAAGAAGCUGAGGUGUCACAAUAUGUGACUAAAUCAAGAGGUUGUGACUGUAAUACAAAAACUAAGUCAGUGACUACGGUGUGCUUGAUUCAAGCAGACGUCAUUCACGGGUAACAUAAUUUAUUUGUGUGUCAAUUAGAGAAAUUUUGUUUAGGAGAUGUACGUACAAGAAUUUCCCAAGUAGCCAGUGAAGUAAUAUUUCUCAAAAUAGUUUCAUUGGAACAUCUUAAUGUGGGCAAAAAUCAGUCACCUCUGGAAUUUGUUCAUGAAAUAGAUUUGUGUUUCUCAUUUGAUACAAAAGACAAUAGGACUGCCAUGAGCAUUUAUGUGUAUAGAUUCAUAACAGUGUCUGUAUAAACUGAAGUAUUAGUGAACUUUGAAAUAAGAAGUUGGACAUAUGAGUGAUCUCAUUUUAUGACAAUGAUGUAGUGUGCUAAGUUGUGUCAUAGUGACACUGAAAGACACAAAUAACUGUUUACAAGACUAGCCAAUGUGUGCACAGAAGGAGAAAAGAAGAAAUUUAAUUUAUGAUUUACAAAUAUGUAAAGUCAUUGUGAUAUGCCUGUGAUUUAUUUUCACUCACAUCAAUAGAGAUGUCAAUGGUGACUGUGCUGUGCAUUUUGUCUGCUUUCAGCACUGUCAAUCAGCUUCAAAAGAGUGCUGUUGAUGUCUCUAGUUAUGCAAAUCAGGAUACAAAACACGAGUUAUUGUACAAAAUAUUGUCAGUUCUGAUAUUGUGUGAUACAGAUUUCACUUUAAAUCGAUAAAAUGCUGAAAAAGUAUUUUGAAAGACUGUUUUCUGACACACUCAGAAUAUAGUUCAUAAAAACUGUGUUGUAGUGUUUAGCAUCAUUUAUUUAUGAGUGCUAAUAUGCAGUGUAUUCAGAAGAGCUAUGAUUUAUGCCGUGUGAAUGUACUUUGUUUAAAUUGAAAGGCCUAAGAAAUAAAAUUAAGAAAUUUCA